GCUCUUGGUCAUGUCGUCAUUCAGAGCAGCAGCGCCUCAUUCCUCCUACAGGAAGAUGUUUGGCGGGGAGCGAGCCGCGCUCAGGAGCAGCUCCUCCGGCCGCCAGUACUCCAGUCCCGUGCGCACCACCCGGGUGUCCUACGGGCUGUCGUCGGCGCCCGCCAGCACCAUCUACGCGGCCAAGACGCAGCGGCUCCGGAGCAGCGCGGCCAUGCCCCGGCUGGCCUCGGACCACUUGGACUUCACGCUGUCCGACGCCAUCAACAGCGAGUUCAUGGCCAACCGCACCAGCGAGAAGGCGCAGAUGCAGUCGCUCAACGACCGCUUCGCCAGCUACAUCGAGAAGGUUCGCUUCCUGGAGCAGCAGAACAAGAUCCUGCUGGCCGAGCUGGAGCAGCUCCGCGGCAAAGGCACGUCCCGAGUGGGCGACUUGUACGAGGACGAGCUGCGGGAGCUGCGCCGCCAAGUGGACCUGCUGACCAACGACAAGGCCCGGGUGGAGGUGCACCGCGACAACCUGGCCGACGACAUCGACCGACACCGGGACAAGUUGCAGGACGAGAUAUCCCUGCGGGAGGAGGCCGAGGCAAACAUGCAGUCCUUCCGACAGGAUGUGGACAAUGCUGCCCUGGUCAGACUGGACCUGGAGAGGAAGGUAGAGUCCCUCCAAGAGGAAAUUAACUUCCUCAAGAAGCUACACGAUGAGGAGAUGCUGGAACUGCAGAACCAGAUCCAAAUGCAGCAGCACGCACAAGUGGACAUGGCUGAAGUGGCCAAGCCUGACCUGACUGCCGCUCUGAGGGACGUCCGCCUGCAGUACGAGAACCUGGCCUCCAAAAACAUCCAGGAGUCUGAGGAAUGCUACAAAUCCAAGUUUGCCGACCUCACUGAAGCGGCGGCCCGCAAUAACGAGGCUUUGAGAAUGGCUAAGCAGGAGGCUAACGACUACAGACGUCAGGUGCAGGCUCUCACCUGCGAGGCGGAUGCCCUCAAAGGAAGCAAUGAGUCCCUGGAGCGCCAGAUGAGUGAAAUGGAGGAGAACUUCUCCAUGGAGACGGGAGGCUUCCAGGACACCAUCGCCCGCCUGGAGGACCACAUUCACAACAUGAAGGACGAGAUGGCCCGUCACCUGCGGGAGUACCAGGACCUCCUCAAUGUCAAGAUGGCCCUGGACAUUGAGAUCGCCACCUACAGGAAGCUGCUGGAAGGAGAGGAGAGCAGAAUCAACACCCCUCUGCCAAACUUUUCCUCUCUGAACCUGAGAGAAACCAUGCUUGAUUCCAGACCUCACAUUGAAACCACAACAACCAAGAAGGUUCUCAUCAAGACCAUCGAGACCAGAGACGGUCAGGUGAUCAACGAGUCGACCCAGAACCAGGAUGACAUGGAGUAAAACUACUAAUGAGGCUUGGGCCAAAAGACCAACAGAAGAGCAAUAUUUUCACUUAUAUUCCACCCACAGUUACACAAAAAUAGCUUCUCAAAGUGCCUUUUAUAUGUGAUGAUUGUGUAAGUAGUAGUUAAGUUUCCAUCUCUUAUCCACAGUAUGUUGGUUUUGUUUAGACACAGUUAAGAUACACAACAACACACAGUCAACCACACAAAGGUUUACAAAGGACCAUUAGAGCCACUAAAUAUUCUAUGAAGAUUCUCAAGGCAUUUAACCCAUCGCAGCUGGACAGUUGAGAUUGUCUGAGAAGACAUUUCACUUUUCUUCCGAGCUCCGUCAGACUUAAAGCUGAACUAUCGCUGGUCUAUGACCAUGAACUGAUGAGGCUGCUCCAAUAGAACUGAACUAUCGCUGGUCUAUGACCAUGAACUGAUGAGGCUGCUCCAAUAGAACUGAACUAUCGCUGGUCUAUGACCAUGAACUGAUGAGGCUGCUCCAUUAGAACUGAACUAUCGCUGGUCUAUGACCAUGAACUGAUGAGGCUGCUCCAAUAGAACUGAACUAUCGCUGGUCUAUGACCAUGAACUGAUGAGGCUGCUCCAAUAGAACUGAACUAUCGCUGGUCUAUGACCAUGAACUGAUGAGGCUGCUCCAUUAGAACUGAACUAUCGCUGGUCUAUGACCAUGAACUGAUGAGGCUGCUCCAAUAGAACUGAACUAUCGCUGGUCUAUGACCAUGAACUGAUGAGGCUGCUCCAUUAGAACUGAACUAUCGCUGGUCUAUGACCAUGA